CGGGCUGCGGGAGCUACGGCGGCUGCUGGGCUCCGGCUGCGGCGCGGCGGCGGCGGCGGGCGCGAGGAGGCUGCAGGCCCGGCUCUCACGGCUGCGCUCGGUGCAUCAAGGAUCUGUCUUCCAGAAUGUGGCGACUCUUGGCCCCUCUCUGCUGCCUGCUGGCACUGACCAGCGCCUGGAGCAACUCCCAUCUGCACCCGCUGUCGGAUGAGCUGGUCAACUUCAUCAACAAGCAGAACACGACGUGGCAGGCUGGGCACAACUUCUUCAACGUGGAGGUGAGCUACCUCAAGAAGCUGUGCGGCACCUUCCUGGGAGGGCCCAAGCUGCCCCGCAGAGUUGAGUUCGCUGAUGACAUAAAACUGCCUGAGAGCUUCGACGCGCGGGAACAGUGGCCAAACUGUCCAACCAUCAAGGAGAUCAGAGACCAGGGGUCCUGUGGCUCUUGCUGGGCUUUCGGGGCCGUGGAAGCCAUCUCCGACCGGAUCUGCAUCCACACCAACGGGCACGUGAACGUGGAGGUGUCGGCGGAGGACAUGCUCACCUGCUGCGGCGGCCAGUGUGGGGACGGCUGUAAUGGCGGCUACCCCUCUGGAGCUUGGAACUUCUGGACCAAAAAAGGCCUCGUGUCCGGGGGCCUCUAUGACUCCCACGUAGGCUGCAAACCCUACUCCAUCCCUCCAUGUGAGCACCACGUCAAUGGCUCCCGGCCUGCAUGCACGGGGGAGGGAGACACGCCCAGGUGCAGCAAGACCUGCGAGCCCGGCUACAGCCCGUCCUACAAGGAGGACAAGCACUUCGGCUACAGUUCCUACAGCGUCUCCAGCGACGAGAACGAGAUCAAGGCAGAGAUCUACAAAAACGGCCCGGUGGAGGGCGCCUUCACCGUGUACUCUGACUUUCUGAUGUACAAGUCAGGAGUAUACCAGCACACGACUGGCGACAUCAUGGGAGGCCACGCCAUCCGCAUCCUGGGCUGGGGCGAGGAGAAUGGCGUCCCCUACUGGCUGGUGGCCAACUCGUGGAACACUGACUGGGGUGACAAAGGUUUCUUUAAAAUCCUCAGAGGACAGGAUCACUGUGGAAUCGAAUCCGAAGUUGUGGCCGGAAUCCCACGCACUGACCAGUACUGGCGACAGAUCUAACCCGCUGUGGGUUGGCCCCCUCCCCUGCCAUGGGGGAGGCGCCCCUAAAUGUAUCCGGUGGGCUGGGGAGGAGAUGAGAUGGGGUUGGGGUAGGUAGGAAUGGCUUUCCACACAGGAGGUUUUAGACAGGGCCUGAAGGACUAGACUGGGCCACGCUUGUGUCCGCCGCCAGAGCUGUCUUCCAAGGAGACGCAUCCAUGGCUGCCCCCUCCAAGCCUGCUCAGCGGACGCUGGUCAGGAGGCAACAGGCCGCGCCGGCCACUGCUGUGAGCGCAGGAGGCUCCUCCUCCACUAGGCACCUGCUGCUCCUGCCCCAGCUGCACCCACCGCACCCACCACUCCUCUCUCUGGAACCUCCAAGAGCAGGACAGACCCGUCGGUGUGGACGGCAGGUGUUCCGAGGCAUUGGCGAGUGGCGUUCCUGCUGACGCCGCCAGCAAGUUGCCUUCUAGACCUGCACCAGGUUCCGAGGAGGGAUGGCGGCAACUCUCCGGAAGACGCCACCUCCCCCCAGGGCCCCUGCACCUGCCAAGCUUCACAGUGUCGCAAACCCUCUCCGGUCUUGUCCUCGGCAUGGUUCCUUUCUAAUAGAAGUUUUAUUUUUUGCAUCCUUGAGCUGAUCACGUGAACGAACAGGUCUAAUAGUUGGAAGAGCGGCACUCCUUUUCCAGAUUGUCUCCCAAUGGCGCGGUGUGAAACAAAACCUGGUGGUGUGGAUUUGCUGACUGUCUCCUGACACGGCAGCUGGCAGGACUAGUGUGGGAGAAACCAGCUUUUGCUGUUUUCUAGAAAUCACUGCUUCACCCUGUCCAUUUAAUGAGGAAUGACUGUGCCAAUAAAAGGUUUCUCCUUCCA